CACCGAACGUGAAGACACCGAGGUGUGUGUGUGUGUAUGUAUGUGUGUUUGUGACGCUGCGUGGGGGUGUCCGCCUGAUGUCAUCAAGCAGGAGGGGAGGUUGAGCUAGCGGUGGGCAUACGGGUGGAAAGCAUAACAAUAACGUCCAGGCUAGGACUCACAGCGUUGCUUUUGGAUUGAAAUACGCAGUGUUUUAAACUCCGGGCUUCCCAUCACCGUGGUCCGGAGCAGGAGAACACAGGAGUCGGGUAGAGGCUGGCAGGCUAACGGACCGAAAGCACCAGAUGCUAUUCCAGCGGAGAAGGAGAACGGGGUCCCAGCAGCAGCAGAGGGUGAUGGGUUCUCGUUUCCCUGACGGGUAACAACAAACCUGAGCUAAAGACAGAAAUAAACGCGGAUAUUGCCAAGUGAGGGGAGCUUUCUUCUGUUCUCCGGCACCUCCGUUUGUGUGACAUUGUUCCUGAAAUGCUAGCGCAGUUGCGGUCUCGGCCGUCGAGCAGCCUCUGGGCCGCAGCUCGGCACACCGAGCCCGAAUCUGGGAAAUAGCUAGCUAGCUGCCUGCUAGCCGCAGCUGUACCCCGAUGCCGCUGCUGCUGCGGCUGCAGCUGUUAAAACGGAUCCAAAAAACAACUCAAGCUGUUUGGGGGCUCGGUGCUGAUUAAAUUAUCGUUUUACAUUAGCGAGCUACAGCAAGCACUUGAGAUGUGAUGCUUUUGUGCCUCGUAUUUGAGCCUUUUGUAGCUGGAGGCUUUCGCUUGGCUGACGCGAAGGAGCUAAUGUUGCUGCAAAAUGCACAGCAGAACCACAACAGCAGGCUCCUGUUGAAGGGGGCGAGGUUGGACUGAUAACGGCCACGGUGUCUCUCAGCACCCCCGGAGUCACAUUUUGGACAUUUUCCCACGUCAUUCACAGCUUUCUCGGCUGGCGACAUGGAUAAACUAACGAUCAUUUCGGGGUGUCUGUUUCUGGCAGCAGAUAUCUUUGCAAUAGCCAGCAUUGCAAACCCGGACUGGAUCAACACCGGUGAAUCAGCAGGAGCCCUCACGGUCGGACUGGUCCGGCAAUGUCAAACGAUCCACGGACGAGACCGGACUUGUAUCCCACCAAGGCUGCCCCCAGAGUGGGUCACCACACUGUUCUUCAUCAUCAUGGGCAUCAUCUCCCUCACAGUCACCUGUGGACUGCUGGUGGCAUCACACUGGCGCAGAGAAGCCACCAAAUAUGCCCGCUGGAUCGCCUUCACUGGCAUGAUCCUGUUCUGCAUGGCGGCGCUCAUCUUCCCAAUAGGCUUCUAUAUCAACGAGGUGGGAGGCCAGCCGUACAAGCUUCCCAACAACACGGUGGUCGGCUCCUCAUACGUGCUGUUCGUCCUCUCCAUCUUCUUCACCAUAGUGGGACUGCUGUUUGCAGGCAAAGUUUGCCUCCCGGGCUGAGGAUUCCAACGCUGUCGCCUCUGGACUGACACGAGAGGCUCUGAAAAUGUCAUGGGAUUUAAAAAACAAACAAACACACAUGCAAAAAUGACUGAAAAUCAAAAACGACUAACUCUGGCCAGAAGCCUGAAACGGGGGAAGUUUCUGCUUAUGUGUCGAGGGACCGCAGCACCGUGGAGUACCCAGCGACUAAAAAGACGAAUAAAUGAACAAAACACUUAAAGGGGACAUGGACGCAAAAGGUUGGGGGAGUGCGAGGGCAGCCGAGGCUGCUGCAGCACCCUGCCACUGUUGAUUUAAAAGAAGAAAAAAAAGGAGAAAAAAAAAAAAAGAAAAAUGGUGUCUCUCUGUUGUUGUUCUGUUGGAAAGGGUGCUCAAUGUGCUGCUGUCAUGGCAACCGCGACCACAACGCUGGCGCACAUUUCUUGAGGACCACUAAAGUCACUCCUCGACAUGAUUUCCAGCCACCCGCCCCACCUCGCCGCUCUCAGCAUCAUCUGCGCCGUCACGACCGCUCCUGUUGCUGUUUUUGGCUUCUCUUAGCUAUUUUUAGUUUUGUGUUUUUUCUGUUGUUGUACAAUUUGUGUUCUUUUUUUCUACUUCUUCUUCUUCCUCCCCCACCACCUUUGUCCACUGAAGUUGUUUGAGUGUUACUGAGGUUCACUGAGCUGAACCCUUGAAGGAAACCCUUCGGGGGAGGUGGGAGAUUGCAAAAGCUUGGCUCUAGAGUGGGGUUUAUUCUCUCCUGUCACAUUUGCACAGCCCCAGGUGUGUGGGAGAGGUGAGCAGCUGAGGUCACAGCUGUCAGGGGGCCACACACGGGCUACUGUGGAUGAGAGGAAGAUGCAGGUGUGCUUCCUCUUUUGUCUCCAGCCGGCUACUGCUCAGGAACAGGUAGCCCCAAAGGGGAGGCUGACCUCCCUGGGCAGCAGAAUACAAGGUCAAGCACCAUUAAGGAGAAUGCCACUUACUGUAAGACCUUGCAUAGUGUUAUUAAUAGCAGCAAAGUAUUAGCGAGUGUAGACAGCUCUGCUAAGCCAUCAGCUAACGCCAUCAUGCUGAUACACUCCCACAGCCAGUAACUAGAAGACUGUGAAUUUAGAGAAUCAUCAUAAACGCACCUCGUAUUUAUAGUAAUACACUUAAUUGCGUUAAGCACAGCCACAUGCCUAGUGGCCUUUUCAAAGUAUUUUGUAGGGAUCACUGCAGUUUUGCAUUUUUCUGCAGGUUGGGAGCUUCCCUGAGUGGAAGCUGGAAGUUACAAGUGGUGUGAAAAUAACAUGCGAAUGCUAAAAAAUCAGUGGUGUUCUCCUUUAAUGUUGGACAGGAAGUAAGUGAGCCAGGAGCAGUUUGUUCUUUCUUUCUUUCUUUCUUUCUGCAUAAGUGAACGGACUGCAGGUCAGGUCCAUGCAUAGGGGGGCUGUGCCUCGGUUUGCUGCUCGUGAUGUCUGUGAAUGCAACACACACAUACAUAAACGCACACAAAUACAAAAAUAUAUUUACCCUUGCAGGGUUUUUCCUGGCCUGCAGUGAACCUUCAGUGAGUUAUUUUCCUGUAGGUUUGAACACUUCACAUUAAAAUUAAACCUUUAAUUAAAAAAACAAUUUGGUGAUUCUGGCAUAAGGUCUUUUAAAGGAGCCCAAAAAGUCCUCUGUGAGGGGGAAAGCCCUGCACACAGUCUGCACUGUGUGCAAGCUAACAUGGUUUUAUUGUAGUAAUUACUUUAUCAGUGUCCAGAUUAAUUUGCACCACUCUUUGCUCACCACAAGUUCUUAGCUGUCUUGCCUUCAUCAGGGUGAUGUCUGAGGUUGUUUCUGGUCUCUUCCUACAAAUAGAAACUGCAUAAAAUACAACAAAAAGAGUGCUCCUUUAACAAAUAUAAUCAAUUAGGUUUGAACCAUGUAAAUGGGACAAUAUUGCAGUGCUCUGUACCAUUUAUACUAACAGUGAGGGUGUGACUACAGUAGUUGCCACUCAGACACAUCCUCCUCAUCAGCACUGGUAUAAGAGUAAAGGUAAUAAUCUGUGAAUUUCUGAACUUUUAUACUGAUAUAUCUUUAAAGGAAGUAAAAACCAACACAAUGGUGUCUUCAGCCCAGCUGGGCAGUGGUAGCACCAGUGUAAAGUUACAAUGAUCCUCAGGCAAGUUUUGAAUUUACUAGAAGGCUCUUAGUUAGGAUUUAGAAGUGGACUUAUCAAGGUUGAUUUGUUAUGGAUAACAUCCUUGGGACGUGCGAGUCUCUCGAAAGUUAAAAAAUAAAAAUAAAAAAUCAGUGAAUGUUGAGAUUGAACUGAUAAGUCUGACUUCUGUCCAUCGACACAACCUCGUAGCUCACACACUUCUGGAUUAAACACGGCACCAAAUUCAAACAGAUACACUGUAUCCAUCCUAUCUUCCAUUGGCCUUCACAGAGCCUUUCCUUAACUAAACAAAUAAAAUAAAAUAAAAAGUCACAAGAGGCAGAAAUGAUUCGUUUUCCACCAGCACUGGGGUGUCGGCACAGGAUCGUUGGAACUACUGUUCUCACUGGGCGCGUUUGGAGCUACUGCAAGAAAUUCAGCAGUGAUUGGCAAAUGCAGCCCACCGAUUUGUCCAAUGUGAUUUUUAUCUUCUUCCCACGGAAAUUACCCCAUCAAACCUGUCAAAAUGUGAGCCAGUUCUUCAAAAAUACACCACGGCAGAGCUGGCCCAGCAUCAGUGCUGUGCUGGUGGGAAAAGAGGUGUCACUGCUGAAGCUGGAACCAGCAGAAGAUUAGCAUUUCUGAUUUAUUAUCGAAAUAGCUGCUGAUUCAUUCUCCUUCAGUCAUUGCAGCUCUUUCACACAUUCAUACCAUACCGUAAAUGUAGGGAGCAUGCAAGCUGCUGACCCUAGGACUUGUCCUGGAAAGUGUGUGUGUGUUGAACCGAUCGCAGUCGCUCACUCGCCAAGUCUUAGACUUUUUGUUUUGUAUUUUCUGUUUCCUGCUCAACUUUUCUUACUCUCAGUCUGAUGAUGUAUACGGCUAUUCUGUACACUUUGCAGUGCCCUGUCUUGGUUGGUUCAGUAUUGUGCCAUGACCUACUUCUUUUUUUUUUUUUCUUUUUUUUUAAAAUAAUGUACAGACACAAGAGGCAGGAUUUCUGUAUUAGAAAGCACUGUGCAUUCAACAGUAUAGGUAACAGACAUAGAAGCACUACAAAUGUAUAAAAAAGAGAACUUCUUACCUCAUUGUUUUUUGGUUUGUUUGUUUUUUUUGUUGGGUUUUUUUUGUUUCAGCUAUUAUUUUCUAAUGGUGGCAACAUGUGUGCCCUCUAAUUUGUCUCUUGCCUUGAUCGGAUGUCUACACGUAAAGCCUAUGAUCAUAGGAAAUUAUUUAUCACUGAAUAAAAAGAGAAAAGUGGGUGUGUGUGACUCUGA